UUGUUAAUUAAGGAAAAAAAAAAGACAAAGAAAAGGAUAUUAUAAAUUUAUAAUUGCUAGGUUCUCUCCACUAACAAGUGCAACUGCGGCCGUACUCUCUUGAGAAUCGUCCGCCAUUGAUAUACAGAACCAGAAGCUCCGGCCAAUGUCAUCUGCAACAACUUCACCAGCCAUGGAGUCCUUGAUUCUGCAACUCCAUGAAAUUUCGGCUGUUAAGUUCGGCAACUUCAAGCUCAAGUCCGGAAUAUACUCUCCAAUUUACAUUGACCUUCGCGUCAUUGUCUCCUACCCUUCACUUCUCAGCCAAAUAUCCAAAACCCUAAUUUCUUCGCUCCCGCCUUCCACCUCCUACGACCUUGUUUGCGGCGUCCCUUACACCGCUCUUCCUAUUGCCACUUGCAUCUCCGUUUGUAACCAUGUUCCGAUGGUUAUGCGCCGCAAGGAGAUUAAGGAUUAUGGCACUGCGAAGGCCAUUGAAGGGCGUUAUGAAUCGGAUCAAAUAUGUUUGAUUAUUGAGGAUUUGGUGACUAGCGGUGCGUCGGUUCUGGAAACUGCUGCGCCGCUGCGGGCGGCGGGGCUGAAGGUUAGCGAUGCGGUUGUGUUGCUUGAUAGAGAACAGGGCGGGAGGGAGAAUUUGGAGGAGAACGGGAUUAAAUUGCAUUCGAUGAUUAAGUUGAGCGAGAUGGUGAGGAUUUUGAAGGAGAAGGGGAAGGUUGGGGAAGAAAUGGAAGGGGUAGUCGCGAGGUUCUUGGAGGAGAAUCGGAAGGUUGCGGUGCCGAAAGUGGAGAAGCCUGUCAGAGUUAAGGCCAUUUCCUUCCAAGAAAGAGUGAAGUUGGCGAAGAAUCCGAUGGGGAAGAGGCUGUUCAAGGUGAUGAUCGAGAAGGAAAGCAAUUUGUGCGUAGCGGCGGAUGUUGGCACCGCCUCAGAGCUGCUCGACAUCGCCGAGAAAGUCGGGCCAGAGAUUUGCUUACUGAAAACUCAUGUGGAUAUACUGCCAGAUUUCACCCCAGAUUUUGGUUCCAAACUUCGCUCGAUUGCUGAGAAACACAACUUCUUAAUCUUUGAAGAUCGGAAGUUUGCAGACAUUGGGAAUACAGUAACAAUGCAGUAUGAAGGGGGUAUUUUUCAUAUAUUAGACUGGGCAGAUAUAGUCAAUGCUCAUAUUAUCUCUGGUCCUGGAAUUGUAAAUGGAUUGAAGUUAAAGGGGUUGCCUCGAGGUAGGGGCCUAUUACUGCUGGCUGAGAUGAGCUCAGCUGGAAAUCUUGCCACGGGAGACUACACAUCUGCAGCCGUUAAAAUUGCAGAAGAACAUUCCGAUUUCGUCAUUGGCUUCAUCUCGGUUAAUCCAGCAUCCUGGCCGGGUGCGCCUGGAAAUCCAACAUUUAUUCAUGCCACCCCUGGGGUCCAAAUGGUCAAGGGUGGUGACAAUCUUGGACAGCAAUACAAUACCCCAUAUUCUGUGGUGUAUGACAGAGGAAGUGAUAUCAUAAUAGUGGGGCGUGGGAUCAUAAAGGCACCAAAUCCUGCAGAUGCAGCCCGCGAGUAUCGUCUCCAAGGAUGGGAUGCAUACUUGGCUAAGACCACCUAACAACAACAUUCAAUUAGCUUUGAAAUGAAUGUAGUUUCUUUCUACUUUUUUUUUUCAAUUUUGCUCGAGGUACUUUCCCUCAGUCCUUCCAUGCUUGCAGAGCAUUUGAGGGAGAUAUACGAUCUGACUUAAACAGGAUUUAUUCUACAGGUGGUACGAGUGUGUGUGUGUGUGGGAGAUCUAUUUAAGAGAAGCCCUACUGAAUCAGCUUUGAAAUAAUUUUCCACUGUUACCAGUAGUUCUAGAAAAAGAAGACAAGUUGUAACCAUGUUAAAUGACAGUGUGUGUAAUCUUUGGGGGUGAUCAUGAGAAUGAAAAGAGUUCAGAAAAUUUCUUCCGUA